UGCAGUCGCUCAAACCAUGGCCACACAACAGACCCUUCUGAUUAUUGGAAUAUUUGUUUUAGCAGGAUUUGAUGGAUGUUUCUCUGUUAUUCCUGAGGAGGAGCAGCACCCAAACUUUUGGUAUGUUAAGGGUAAAGAGGCUCUUCAUACAGCGCUCUCCAUGAAGCCCAACCUGCACCGUGCUAAAAAUCUCAUUCUCUUCCUCGGAGAUGGCAUGGGAAUCAGCACUGUGACCGCAGCAAGAAUUAUGAAGGGACAGAUGGAAGGGAAGACAGGAGAGGAGAGUGUCCUAGCCAUGGACACAUUCCCUCAUCUCGCUCUCUCCAAGACCUACAACGUCGAUCAGCAGAUGCCUGACAGCGCAGCAACAGCCACUGCAUAUCUCUGCGGUGUGAAGGCAAACUAUGGGACUCUGGGUCUCAGUGCAGCUGCACGCCGCAAAGACUGCAGCUCUGUUAAAGGCAAUGAGGUCAAAUCAAUUCUGCAUCAGGCAAAGAUGGCAGGGAAGUCUGUUGGCAUAGUGAGCACGGCACGUGUCCAGCAUGCAUCACCUGCCGCCAGUUACUCCCACACCCCUGAAAGAGGCUGGUACAGCGAUAAAGAGCUGACCUCUGAGGACGUCACAGGUGGAUGCAAGGACAUCGCGUACCAACUCGUCCAUAAUACUGAUAUUAAUGUUAUUUUAGGUGGCGGAAGGCAGUACAUGUUUCCCAAUGAAACGGUUGAUCCUGAAUACUCCACAAUUACGGGGAGCCGACAGGACAAAACAAACCUAGUUGAUGUGUGGUUAAGAAGCAGAAAUAAUGCCAAAUAUGUGUGGAAUAAAAAAGAUUUUGAUGCCGUCAAAGAGGACAAUACUGAUUACUUGAUGGGGCUUUUUGAGCCAAAGGACACCAGGUACGAACUGGAACGCGAUCCUUCAAUGGACCCAUCGUUGACUGAGAUGGUGGAAAAAGCCAUUAAGAUUCUUCGCAAAAACUCAGAAGGAUUCUACCUCUUUGUGGAAGGUGGGAGAAUAGAUCACGGCCAUCACGCAGGGCAGGCCAAGUACGCUUUGACGGAGGCUGUGGAAUUUGACAGGGCCAUUGCGCGGGCGGCUGAGCUGACGAGUGAACUCGACACCUUGUCCGUGGUCACUGCUGACCACUCCCAUGUGUUUUCCUUCGGUGGCUACUCUUACAGGGGCAAUCCUGUGCUAGGCGUUUCUUAUUCAAAAGCUGAGGAUGGCAAGAGCUUUACUAAUGCACUUUACGGGAACGGUCCUGGAUACCAGAUUGCGAAUGGAACCCGUCCUGACAUGAAUGCAACGAACUCAAGCAGUGAUGAAUAUCUUCAGCAGGCUGCUGUACCUCUAGAUUCAGAAACUCAUGGCUCUGAGGAUGUUGCUAUUUUCGCCAAAGGCCCAAUGGCCCACCUCUUCCACGGAGUCCAAGAGCAAAGCUACAUUCCUCAUGCUAUGGCUUACGCUGCCUGUAUUGAGCCCUACACCGACUGCCAGCUAGAAAACUAUGGCAUUUGCACUAAGUUCAGCCUCGCGGUGCUGCUGCUGAGCUUGCUCUCCUCACUCACCACCCUUAUGUAAUGUGACUAAAGCGGGGUGAGGUGCACUUUAAACAGCUUUUCUGUAUAUUUAAAUCACAAUACAUUUGCAGGUUUUUCGCAUUCAGCUGCAACAUUUAGACAACUGACGGGCAAGUUGCAUAAGUUCUGCACUGGAUCUGUGUUUGCAAUUAAUGUUGGUUGAGAUAUAAUUUAGAUCCUCUGUGAGGACAUGAAUGUUGAUUAAUAAAAUCUGGCAAAUCCUAGAAGGUGUACUUGCAUUUACAUUGUAUUCACAUUUCUUUAGUGACCCUAAAAAUACUGAAUAAAUGGUAAUGUAUGUAAUAAAAUAACCCUCUGUGUAGAUUAAAUGUUUGCUUAUAAUAUUUACCUUCACAAUGCUGAGUAUUAUGAUAUAUUAUAAAUAUAUUGUGGACACUGGGAACAGUGUGAUUAACUGGUGACAUCGUCAGGUAAAAGAAAAUAAGUAAUUUGAAACAUAUCAAUGUGCUAUUGUUUCAAAUGAGUAAAUCAUGGAAAUCACUAAAAGUAUUGUGAAAUGUGAUAUUUUUAAAACUGUAAUUAAACUAUAAACCUUUUUUUGUGUGUCCAUUGUACAACAUUCUGAAAGAUGGCCUGCCUCGUAAGUUCAUACGUGAGCCAUUCAAAGAAAUCCUCCAAAGAAAGAUUCAAACCCCCUUUCGCCUUCAUCCAUCCUGUAC